AUGGCGGCGGCCUUGGGAAUGUGGUCGUCUCCCCGCUGCCUCUUCCCUGCUCCCCCGCCCCCGCUCCUGACCCGUUCCUUUUCCCUCUUGCAGGCCGCCAAAAGAUCGAAGACUGAUGGCUGCUCGCCGCGAUCUCCCCCGCUUAGCCCGGAACUGGUGGAGCGCAUCCGCAAAAACAAAGAGGUGGCGUUGCAGAAGCUCGCAGCCCGCACCGCCAGCUACAUUCCCGCGGAGCUGGGGCAGAGCUGGAGGGUCUCCCUGGCCAAAGAGUUCUCCAAACCGUAUUUUGCUCAGCUGAUGGCAUUUGUUGCUGAAGAACGCAAGCGCUGUACAGUUUAUCCACCCCAGCAUCAGGUCUUCUCUUGGACCCAGCUGUGUGACAUCCAUGAUGUGAAAGUUGUCAUUUUGGGCCAAGAUCCAUAUCACGGGCCCAAUCAAGCUCACGGGCUCUGCUUCAGCGUCCAGAGACCGGUUCCCCCUCCACCCAGCCUGGAAAAUAUUUACAAAGAGCUUGCUGUGGAUAUAGAAGGCUUUUCUCAUCCUGGCCAUGGAGAUUUGACUGGAUGGGCUAAACAAGGUGUGCUGCUGCUUAAUGCUGUCCUCACCGUCCGAGCUCAUCAAGCCAAUUCCCACCGGGAGAGGGGCUGGGAGCAGCUCACAGACGCCGUGGUCGCCUGGCUGAACGAGAACCUGGACGGCCUGGUUUUCAUGCUGUGGGGAGCUUAUGCUCAGAAGAAGGGCAGCUCCAUUGACAGGAAACGGCAUCACGUCCUGCAGACAGCACAUCCCUCGCCCCUCUCGGUGCACAGGGGGUUCUUUGGCUGUAGGCAUUUCUCCAAAACGAAUGAGUUCCUGAAGAAAUCCGGGAAGCAGCUGAUCGACUGGAAGGCCCUGUAAGGAUCCCACAACUCCCUGGAGACCAUGAGACCAGCCCCUUUUUGCCCCCAUCAGGCUGGAGAGGCUUUGCAGAAAUAUUCUUGGAAGCUGAUCUAAACUGUUCUUUUCACUUUUCAUUCAGGGGCAACCUGAGUCGGGGUGCUUACUCCAAGUAUAUAUAU